GCUCUUAAACGCAGCACAGAGUGAGAUCAGAGGGAGGCAGAGGCGCAGUGUUUCUCUCUCUGAUAAAAGUGGGCGAGUGAUCAAAGCGGACACGUAAAUGGAAGACGAGAACAGAUCCGAGGGCAAAGACGCAGCGACACAAAACUUUGGGUUUCCUGGUGAGACACUUUUUUGGGUGUUUUCCGAGGAUAAAAGAAGCACGUGAACGCAACGUUUUAACAUCGUUCUCUCCUAUAAAAGGUUGCUAUGGUAAACAGCCGUGUGGAGAUGCCCACGGUGGCAAUGAUGGGCAGUGGCAGUGGGGCAGCCUGCAGGUCGUGUGCUGGAUGUGGAGGUCGCAUCUCGGACAGGUUCCUGCUCUUUUCGAUGGAGCGGUACUGGCACACGCGCUGUCUCAAGUGCUCCUGCUGCCAGGCCCAGCUGGGAGAGUACAGCAGCACCUGCUACAGCAAAGGAGGCAUGAUCCUCUGCAAGAAUGACUACAUCAGACUGUAUGGACACAGUGGAGCCUGCAGUGCUUGUGGACAAUCUAUUCCCGCCAGUGAGAUGGUGAUGAGAGCACAAGGCAACGUCUACCACCUUAAAUGCUUCACUUGUGCAACCUGUAGGAACCGCCUCGUCCCUGGAGACCGCUUUCACUACAUAAAUGGCACAAUAUUCUGUGAACACGACCGGCCUGGAGGAGGGAUAAUGACUGGACACUCGACUCCAAUUCAGCCAAACAACAUGAUGUCCGACCAGAAGGUCUGCUGAAGUUGUGGAUCAAAAACCAAAUGUGCCUUUAGCUCCUAUUUGAACCCGCACUGCCCUCUCUGGACACUGUUGUAAAUUUGUGCCCCUUCAAGAAAUAUCUAAAGACUGAGGUAAAUUAUGUCCGGGGGAACUUGAGAUGUGAAGGAUGAACUAUUGAUGCAGAAACUGAGUGUGAGUCCUUCUUCCAAAGGACUGGUGUUAAAAUGGCAAUAUACACUAUUGCUUAAAAUGGAUCUACAACACAACUCAAAAGACUGUUAUUUUCUGAGGUGGGUUUUGGUUCAAAUUUCAAACAACAUGUAUCAUAUAGUGUCAAUGUGAUGUUGUUUUCAUUUUGCAUGGGUCUGUGGUUAAUAUUUGUCAAAACUAGGGAUGCACGAUAAAUAUCCGAUAUACAAUAACCAGCCUAUGUUUUAUAUUGUGAUAACAGUAUUAUUGCAAUACUUAAUAAUACUUUUUUUGGACAAAAGUUCUGUUAAAUUAAAACAAAAAUGUACAAUUUACUAGUCAAAUGUGCAAUAAAAACUUGACAGAAGCUGAAAAAAGCCAAAACAAGGAUAGUUGGACUUAUAAAGGAAAAUCAUUAGUAAUUACUGUCAUAUGAAGAA